GUUACCCUUUGACCUUGAGUUCCUGACCUUCAUUUAUGUCUAACAAUUGUCACUUAUCACUAACUGAGAAUAAACUCAUUACUAUCGGCGUUAUUGGGCUUCCAGGUUCAGGAAAAUCAUGCUUUUGCAAUAGAUUUGUUUUUCGUCACCCAGAUUUGUACGUCAGGGAUUCUCAUUCCAUUAGUGAUACCUCUCAAUCCUGCGAUGCCAAUCUAAGUGAUAAUCGUUGGCUGUACUGGGGAUGUGCGUGCCGUCAGAUAGAUGGAAGUACCAUAAAAUUUCAAAUACUAGAACACACGAAGUCCCCGGACGGUGUAUCGUACUCAAUACCUCCAUACUCAACAUGUAAUUACGAUAUCAAUCAGUUUUUAGAAUAUAUUCAUAAAAGCAUUGAAAUUCACUUGGUAUCUAAAAAUAAGUUAACCUGUGCGUGUAAGAAAGAAGUGUGCAAAGGUUCAAGUAUCGGUGAUUGCUUUGGAUCAAACGAAGUGAAGGUUGAUGGAUUUAUUUUGAUAUUUGAUACUACCACUUGCACGAGUAAGACUCACUGUGUAGAUCCAAGCUACUUAUGCAACUCAACUAUCCUGCAGGAGACAUUGAACUGCCUUUCAAGAGUUCAAAAACCAGCCGUUGUUGUGUUGACUAAGUUGGAUAGUUGUGAUAUUUCUAAAUUAGGAUUAGAUGUUUUUCUCAAGUCAAAUGAAUUCAAGAAAAUUCCUGUGAUUGAGACUUCGGCACAUGAAAAUGUUAAUAUCGAAGAAGCGUUCCUUACUCUUUACAGGCUUAUGGAAUCUAAAACUCGUGUUCAUAAAUGGAGACACAUUUCAUAUAUAGGAGCUGCUUAUAAACGGAGUCAGUUGGUCAAUUCAGCGAUGCAUUCAUUUAUACGUCUAGUGUUCAUAUCUCCUCCGGAAUUUUUAACUGAUUGGGAAACCUUCAUGGGAAGAUACAGCCAUCACACUGAUGUAGUAAACUAUAUAUACCUGGUUGGUUCUUUAAAUGCAAGGUACAAAUUCAAGGCUGUAGUUGAGGAACGUUUCAGAAUGACAAGGCUGAACUCACUGAGUAAAGUGCCAGGUAUUCUUAUGCAUCUGUUGCCGAAUCUGGACACGGUUCAUGGUUUUUCAUUUGAACAGAUCGUAUCACACAUUCGUCGUCAUGAAGAAUUUUCUCUAUGCUUUCAAGAUGAUACGUACUAUAACUGCAGCACAGGUCUCAAUAAUGUACUACAUGACGAUUCACGUGUACCUUUUCAUCUGGCUAUUGAACCAAUAGCUGAAUCCGAGAAUUGUCUAUUAAAGCAGCAUGUGGAUCGUUUGACUAACAUAAGACGUCGUCAUACAGAAAAGGCAUUCCUAGAGACUUCUCUUCAUCAUGGAUUUCGAAACUGCCUCACCGCCACUCUAAAUGAGGACUUUUCCGACGAGCGUAUACUACCGGGACAACCACUCUCGGAUGUUAAGUCAAAUAUUAGUUCACUUGAUUUGCUUGAGCUUACUAAGGAGGAAAUAUCUGGGAUAUAUCAACAGUUUCAACUAGGUUUGCAUAUUCGAGUACGCGAGGACUUUUUAGAUUUAUUGGUUGAACAAACCGAGAUUUUUGUCAAGACAGUGUUAGGUUAUUUGGAUCACCUUCGCGACAGUUAUCCAUAUAUUACGCGUGCAUUGGAUUCAGCGAAUGGGGAUUACAGUGAACGAUCUUCAAAGAUAAAUCACGACCUAUUGCCUUCGAGAACGUUACGUACUUCCGACCAAAACAUUUGCGUUCAAACAGCACCAUCACCGUAUGUAUCUUUUAAUCAAACUAAGUAUUUAAGUGCUCCCCCUAGAGGCGUGAAAGAAACUCAAAUUACUUGGUUAAAUGAACAGUUAUCUAAGGACGAUCGCUACCAAGCCAUGGCUUAUCUACCAUCGGAACGACAAACUUUAAUUACAGCUUAUUUUGAUAUGCUUAUUCCGUCCACUGAUUCCCACAGAUUUAUCCCAAGAAGUCUGUGGAACGAUAUUUUGACCAUGGACUUUAGAGUCCAAAAUGCAAGAAAUCCCAUGGCAUCCAAUGAAAUGGAUUCUCCAGUAAUAGAUAAUGCCUUAUGUAUUGACCCAACAACAGAUUAUUGCUCUGAAAGUUGUCGAUUUGAAUCAUCAUAUUUAUGUUCACCAUGUUUGUCUGUUUUAUGUGGCGGGUGUAUGGAUGUACUCUUUAAGCAACUCGCACAUGAAUACCUUCCGGGUAAUUUUGUAUACUCCAGAGGACAAUUCACUAACUUUUCCGAAGGUAACAGUAAUUACUUCUGUUUGGAUAAAAGUAUGUUGUCUAUUCCCAGAUCAAGUACACCUCGAAUACCUAGUCUUUCAUGUCUUCCUUUAUCGGUUAAUGACCAUUCACCGCUAGUUUUAUCAAUUGCUAUCGCAUGCAUAUGCACUGAUACAUUGGCUGCACAUGCCAUCAUUAAUCUGCUGUCGUGCGCAGGGUUCUGUAUGGCUUCCUUUAUUUCAAAAACUUCAGAGCAUUCAGUUGAUCAUCGAUCUGAUCAUUGCCAGGAUUAUCACCAUCGUCAUCAACACACUAGUCUGAAGCCUUCAACUUUGUCUGCUUCAGAGGAGAACAGUAUAUCAGAUCCUUUAGUGCUAACUGCUACAUGGCCUCUACCGACAACAAGAUUGUUUAUGUCUGGUUUCUCCAGUACACCUGUUUCAAGUCCAUCUAUAAUAAGUUCAUUUAAAGACGUGGAGUCACUUAAGAUCUACGAUGGUCAAGUUCACAUUCAUUUAAUGUCACACCAUACACUAUUGAAUAAACUAUUGUUGUAUCGAGAGAAUAUUACAAGUAAAUCUGAACAAUCUAAUGGUAUAUUACUUGAAGAAAACAAUGUAGACUUAAAUACUACGAAUUCACACCUCCUACCCUAUUCAGGGAUAAUCCUUUUUACUAGCGCUCCAUCUCCUGCUGAUAAAGAACAGUGCAAUGAAUUAUCACAGGAAACCGGUGAAAUCUCCCCGCCUACACACUUAUCAAAAAAACCCCAAGAUAGAGUUAUAAAUUCUAUGAAUUUGCGUGGGGUAAAUAUGCAUGAAUUCAGUUCGUCACCUCAGUUACUCUUAAAUGAUCACUCACCUGACGAAAAUGAGUGUGAUUUUAAGGCACAUGUAGAAUGUGACCACUCUUCUGAAUUUCCUUGUUCUCUUGAUCAGUUAUCAUGCACGUGUUGCAACCUAUUUUACAAUAAAAAAGAAAUCAAUGCUUUAGGUUGUGUCUGUGGUCAGUGUUGUAAUUGUGUGCAUUCGUUGAAAAAUUCCAACAACAGUUCUCUAUUGCAUAUUAAACCUGAUACAUGGAAAGACAAAAAAUUAUAUUCCAGUUUAAUGUGUCCACAUCGUAGACGUUCUUGGGAAGCAAGAGUUGCAGCCGUCAAUUCAAUUGUUGAUCAAGUACCAAGAAAUAUUCCUCAUUUAGUUCUAUUAACCGAAUCGUCCGAUUAUAGUGCCAAGUCAGAAGAUCUACCACCAUCUAUUUAUCCUGCCACCGAAUCAAUAAGAUCCUCUACAUUUUCCAAUCAGUCGUACCCUAACAUGUCAUGUGAUAAAAGUGAAAAUUCAUCUAGUUCAUUGAACCGUGAAUCUUGUUCAUCCGAUUGGAUGCCUGUCGGAACAAAUAUCCUAGAUCAUGUUAUAAACUUUCUUAGUCAUUGUUGGAACAAAAUGAAUCAAAAUGUGUCUUCUAAAUAUGUUGGAAAACAUAAACACACCUGUCGUGUCACUCCUUCCAAGAACUCUGAAAUUUCAAAUAGUCCUAGUUCACCACAUCUAAUGGUAGCAAGAAACUAUGCAAAUCAGUCUUCUGCAGAAAUAUCAUUGGAUAAACCUUUCAGUGGAGGACUUUUAAAUACCUUAUCAGUUGCUUCAGCCACUGGGCGGAAGGCUAUGCAUUCGGCCAAUCAGGCUUUAAGAAAGCUUUCUAAUACUACCAAAUGCUAUCAUAAUUGUAAAUCAUCUCUGGCGACCAAUUCGAAAGGCUUUCUUUCCAGCUUUAUCGAUUCUCAAAGUAAGGUUAGCGUUGAUGAAAAAUCAGAAACAAUGCCCGAACAAGUCUCUUUCAUCUCAAAUUCAAAAUCAAAGACUUUAGAAUCAAUGAUCUCACCGGGUACUCUUAUUGCUUCUAAUGAUAACCCAAUAACUAUUACUUCUCCACCAACCAUCCAAACAAACAAAUCUUUCAGUGAGCAUAAUCAUACACCUAAAAGGUUCAAUUGCAGUGAACAUCCUGUUCGAUGGACAGUUGGCCCUUCACCACUUCAUGCUCAUCGUAAAGAAUCAUCUAUUCGAAAAGCAACAGAAAAAUUACAAAGUAAAGCUUUUCAUUUGAAAAAAAGCAAUCCGAAAUUGACGAAUGAUAAGACCAUCUCAUCAACUAAGUUAACUAAUUUCGGCAUCGACUCUACUCCGUUUUUAUUCCCAAUCAAUGUUCAAGAUAAUGAAAAAACUACUCCUACUAGUAAAGGAAAUAAAUACUUACAGACUGAUACGUUCGUAUCAAAACUUUCACCAGCUCAAAGUCCUGAUAAACUACCAUGUUGCGAAAACCGGGAACAUAGUAUACACAAUAUUAGAAAUUCAUAUAUUGGAUUAUUCGAUAAAUGUUGUUAUUGCACGAGUGAUGUACCGGAAGAUAACUUAAACAUUAGGAUAAAUAAACAAGAUAAUCAGCAGUUUAUUGGAGGUUCACCUUCAGACAUUUCUGUAACUCCAAUAGUUAUCAGUACACCUUCUCAUUCGCCAAAUCGUGAUGAAGCAACGAAAGAGCUAUUUAAAUCGCCUAAUAAACUUGAAAAUCCAUUUAUUUUAACAAUGUUCAAUGACAAUAAUCAUCUGAUUGCAUCAAAAUCAUUCGAUUCUAAUAAUUGCUCAAUGAAUUCCUCGUUAUAUAACCAUAGUUCUGAUAUGUUUUGUAUUAUGCAAAGUGAAGAGGAAAAACAAGACGAUAUCGAGUCAAUCUAUGAAGAAUUUAUUCUAACUGAUGGGUCAUCACAACCGUCAUCAUUUCCUGGUACACAUACUACUACUACUACUACCAAUAAUAAUUAUAACAAUCAUAGUAAUACUGGACAUCACUCAAGCGGUGUUGUGUCACCACCAUCACUAACGGCUUCUACCAAUACAUCUAAUACUGAUGAACAUAUUUAUAUGGAGCCUGUUGAUUGUUUAACACAUGGAUGUCUAGAACGAUAUCAUAUUAUUUCACAAAAGUUUACAGAUUUUUACACCAACUUAAGCAGUUCAUCAGCUGUCGUGUCAAAUAAACAAGAGUUUAGUAGUUCAACACCGUCAAUUCCUUCAACUAGUAUUGUUACAUCUUCAAAUGUAUCAAAUAGUUGGACAGAAAAUGAUGUAGGUUACAGACGUGAACGUUAUCGUUCGUUUAGUACACCUGAAGGUAGCUCUUUAUCUCAUGAUGAUAAUGAAACACAACACGUUGGUGGUGGUCCUUCAAUUGGUUCGUCAUCCAACAUCGCUUUUCCAAGAAGUAUUUUUCAACCUUUCUCUGGAAAUCCAAUCCAUUUUCGUUCUGUUAGAUCUAGUCACCUUAAUGGAUCUUCUAAUACUUCACCAUUGAAAACUCGUAUACAUAGUACGGAUGCAGUUUUCGAAUCAUUGACACACUAUAAUACAUCUGUUAUUUCUCCAGCUUCAACCACUUUAAGUGAGGAUCUUAAUGAAAAUGUUAUAAUUAGUGAUAAAUUUCCUAAAUUCUCCACAAUUCGUGCACAAUCACUUCCAAAUCCUCUCUCUCGUUCACAUCAUCAUCAUUUCUGGCAUCAUCCUAAAUGUCCUCAUUAUCGAAUUCAUCGAGAUUCAGAGGAUAGUGGUUUAGGCACGGCAUCGUCAUCUUCGUCUAAAUUUGCCUUCCAAUCACAAUUUUCAACAGACUACAAUCACAUCAAUUAUUGUAACAAAAUUUAUGAUACCGAUACUAACAAAUCUUCAUCAGAAUUUCUAUCACCUAUUAACUUAUCCCAACAAUUUCCGUGCAAAUCUUAUUCACCUCCUUACUCUUGCGCACAUUUUAACUGUUCUAAUAAUUCUACAACAUCUUACAAUAUUAGUAGUACACCAUCGAAACCAAUUUUUAUUGAUCCUACAGAUUUUCAAACUCAUCAGCCUACACAAUGUUCUUUAACAUUUCCAUCAUAUAAUUAUCUUUCAAUUAAUACUACGUCAACUACUAUUAAUACUGAUAAUACUGCUGCUACUAAUGCUACGCCUCAUAUUAGCAGUAUGACUUAUCGUCGCAAUACAUCUUAUCAACCAUCUCAAGCGCCAUGUAAUCAGAAUAUUUCAACAUUUGCAGCUACGAAAGAAUUUAAAUGGCUACGUCGUAAUAAACCGUUGAAAUUUUUCGGGCAUCGUUUUUCAUUGGAAACCCAACCAAAUCCAUCUCCACCUACAACGCCAGCUCCACCUGUACCACAAACUGCUCCUCCUCCGCCUCCAUCUGAAUCUUAUCUUUUCCCUUUUAUUACACCAAAGAAUUCUAUGUCGACGAUGAACAACUGCAGUUCAACAGUACAUAGUAAAUCUAACUUAUCAGGCAAUAAUAAUUUGUCAGGAUCUUUGUGUUUUGAAACGCAACAAUUACCUGUAAGUACUUUUUUAAGUAUGCAGUAUUUUUCUGUAUGUUUAAUAUAUCUUAAUCUAAAGAAUGUUUCUUUUUUGAAUCAGUGUUGCAGAACAGUAUUACGAAUUUGUUUUCUGUUGAUCGGUAUUGCAUCUUGAGGACCCGACGACCGGAGUUUUUUUUUUCGUGGUUAAAUAUUUUCAAUGAAGUUUCAUGAAUGUAUGGACACUAAUUAAAACCCAGUAUUUUCAUAAGUGUUUGUAUCGUGCAAACUUAGUCAAGUAUUAUUUGAGAUUAUAAAUUUUUGUCACUUUUACAGGAUAUCACGUUCGUUAAAUAAAAUUACUGUUGUCACUUGUUCUGACUAUUUAUUAUUACACCUGUUUAAAGUUAUUCUAGUUUCUGGACAGAUAAAUCAUUCUGAUCUUUUCGAUAUUCUACACACUUUCACAUAUUCAACCUUAUCAAUUAUACACUUGGAUCCUCGAGUGUUUUCAAAUGUAUGCGUGUACGUCUAUCGCCUUAUCCGGAUUUUGUAUGCCGUGUAUUUUCACGUAUGAGACGAUUCAUAUUUCAUCAUCGUCAUCCUGGGAGUCAAUUUAAUAGCUAUAAAUUGAUAUUUUAUGUAAAGAACAGAAGUUACCCCAUCGUAGAUGGUACCUUGACGCAGUGGUAGAGGUUGCCUAUCGCAAUGUCCCACUCGAAUUAUAUAGGCUGGAACACUUAUCCAUUUAUAUUUUAAAAUAACGUUCAGGUUUUUUAGGUAGCGGUAAAACUAAAAGCAACAAACUCAUGUUCCGGGAGCAAGGGUAUGACGACAUUAAGGUGUUUUCGUCAAGUAAGUUUUCAAAACGGCACUUCUUUCUCACAGCGGUUGUUGGGGAUUAAAAAAGGCCCAUCCUUGAGGUCACACACCUCAAUUUGUCUAGUAGAUCUCUGUUUUCUACAGUAAGGUCUUAGAAGUGUAGAUUUAGUGCAUCAAAAACCACUCAUAAAAAGCCUAUGUAUAACCGAGCUUGAGCAGUUGUUGCUUGGGUUCUGUGGCCCAUCUCAACUCAGUUCAUGGAAUUCUAUAUUAGGUUUUCCGAAACUGCGCACCACGCUACAUGUUGGAGACUCCAAUAUCCCAAUCGUAUGUCAUAUCAGACAACAGGUGAUGAAAGAAAACAAGAUGGAAAAAGGCCUCUGCAAUUGUCUAGGAAAUAAGUAUAAAAAAUCAGCUGUUAGUGAAACUAUUUCAGAAGAGAAGACGGGACCACUUUUUGCUUUUAAUCCAAGGGCUUAGACCGAUGGGGUGAGCACUAUGAGGAACAGUUCAAUUUCCCUUCGGCUACCUUUCAGUUACCUACUAUCAUGAAAAAAACCUAAAUAGCAAAAUCAAAGAAGUCGUCCAAUUCUUGUUGAGGCUAAAAAGGCUUAAAACAUAAAACCCUGAUGGACUAAAUCUGAAGAUUCUCUAAAAUGGUAGUCCAGUAUAAGCAGUUAGAUAAACUGAGCUAUUAGCAAAGGUUUGGGAGCUAGUUAUAAUUCCGUCUGAUUGGUCUCAGCUGAUGAUCAUUCUAGUUUGUAAAAAGGACAGAAAACGUCUUAUGAUAAACGUAGAGGAAUCAGUUUGGCUAGCAUGGUAUCUAAAAUACUAACCUUCGUAAUCAUUCAACGCUUUCAAACCCUUAAAACAUGUAAAACUGGGUUAAUUCCAGGUUUAAAUGGGGAUGUUUCGAUCAAAUGUUCGCCCUUCGUCAUGUGGAACACAUAUAUUCCAAUAUUCGAUAAUAAUGCCAUUUUUUGACCUAAAAGUAAGAUUCAACUUCCUCAACCGAAUGGUUUUGUGACAGUUUUUCACUGAAGUGUGUACCGUGAAAGUAAAGAAGACUUGUGACGGCCGUCUACUCGCACACAAUUGAUCCUCUCAGAUCUUGAGGCUUUGAAACGUUGCCUAUGACAGUAACAGAUAUGCGCUGACUGCACGUUUUUAGUCAGUGGUGUCUCAAAAACUCAUAUGUCUGAACUGCCGAAUGAGCAGGUUAGGAGUUGUGGUUAUAAAUCUUCAUCGACUGAGGUAGUUAGGACGUGUGUUUCAUGUCGCUAACCAUCAUUUACCUCGACUAGCUAUGUUUGCUGGCGAAGAAGUAGGUUGGAAGAAAGCUGGAGGUGGCUAAACUAAGACAUGGGAUCAGUCCAUAAAGUCAUUGGCUGAUGAGUUGAGCGAUGUUGGUAGAUCCAGACUACUUGGUCGGGGUCCUUUCCAUCAUCGUACACAACGGUUGGAGAUGUUGGUUGACAUGGCUCAUUGUCGGUCACAAUAACAGAGAUACAUUCAAUCUUUAACGUCCCUUAGUUUGUGCGUUCCAAAUUUUUUUUAGACCUUUUACUGUCUGAAUUCAUUAUUUUUUCUCAAACUAUAUUCUCUAUCGUAUUUUUUACUUCCACAUUGGCAAUCAUCUCAUUGUGCUAAUGCGGUGUGUGAACUUGGGUUAGUUCACAUUUGUGACGGGUUCUAUGUUGACUUUGACUGAUUGACUGACUGCAUAUAUUAUAUGCAAAUGCGAUAAACUUAUUACGUAUCUCGGUUAAAGAUUUCUUUCUAAUUUAUUACUUUUGUAAAUAAUCACAAAUGAUAAAGCACGAUUUACGUGGAUCUUCAUGUUCUUAGAGGGAUAACUACUGAAAGAUAGAAAUAGCCUAUGUAGAAUAUUUGGCUUUUGUGUAUUUGAUUUUAUACAUUUAGUUUCCUUUAUUAUCUUGAAGACAAGAAGAACGAAGAAUUGAGCAGAACAUGAAUCUAUUUAAUUUCGUAAAGUUCUCAUCAACUGCUUACAGCCUAUAAUAUUUAAGCCAAAGAAUCAAAAUUAUUGUAAUUAUAACAUUAAAACUGGUUAUGUAUGAUCAUAGUAGAGCAAUGCUCGUGAGGACACAUAAAGAUUUGUCGUAAAUAAGUAUAAUGUAUGGAAGAAGAUUCUGGAUUAUCAAACAUAGUAACAAGAGGUAAAAUAAAUUACGAAUAACAUAAGCUGAGAUCACUCAAUUAAAAAAAGGAAUAAAGUUAUGAAGUUAAAAGAAGUAAUGCGAUUAAAACAAAAGAAAGGGAUGACGAAAAAAUAAUUGAAAAAGUGAUGUUAUAAACUGACGAUUAAGUCAACGUAGUAAGGAAAGAUUUACAACAAUUUUUUAAUACAUAAGUUCAUCUUGAGUCAUUUGAUGGUUAUGACUUCGGUGAAUUUGCGAAGAAUGGAAUUUAACUGUCGGUUAAUGACGCUGAAAGAUUUCAGUCUAUCAACAUGAUGCUCUGUGUCACAGAGGUGUUUUGUUAUGGCACUUCAAAGCCCUUAAUCCCAUUGACCUUGGGAUUUUUGUUAUACGUUCUUGGGAUCGAGCGUAGGUCUUUCUUCCUGUUCUACCAAUAUAACUGCUUUGGUUUGUAAGCUGCUGAUGAGAACUUCAUAAAAUAAAAUGAAUUCAUGUUAUUUUACUUCAUUAUUUGCAAUUGCAUGAUAAACGAUCAUAAUGUGGUUUGCGCUACUUAUGCGGACAAAUAUAAGUAGCUUGUGACAGGAAUAGGAAUUCGAAUACUUACCAGCAGAAGAUUGAAAUGAAAAGGAUAGAAAGGAAAACGGAGAGCAAUCGGAAUAACAACUGGAUCAAAGAAUAUUGAAGCAUGUAAAGGAUAAUUAAAGGAGGAUAUACAAAUGAUGUAUUUACUGUAUGAUUUUCAUGAUUUACAUAGGCACUGUUUGAUUUUCCAUUAAAUCAUAAAUUGGUUUUUUUCCAAUUAAGUCUUCGUUCACUACAAUAAUAACUAUUUGAAUAUUUUCUAAUCAAAGUUACAUAUUACUUCAUUUAUAAUGUUCAUCUAGUAAUUUUGGGUCAGCUGAAUAUCAGUAUGAUAUUUACCUUAUGGUUUCUCAUAAAAUGUCGGCAUUUUAAUUGACUGCUAAGUGUAAAAAAUAUCAUAGUUUAACAUUUAACGUUGAAUAAGUGGGUUUAGUUUUAUUAUUUAGCAAAUCAAUCACAUAUCUCAUUCAAUAUACUUUCUAUUAGUCAAUAACUUCGAAUGGAUCAGGUUUUUCCUGAAGCUAUUUUGAAUUUGACAAAUAACACUUAAUACAUAUUAAACUGCUUAGUUUCAAACUUAAAUUUUCACACGUAACUACUUGUGAUAAUUAACCGGUUAUAUGGACUUUGAAUUACUAUCAUCAAAGAUAC